AUGAGAGCUAAAGACCCAAACAAACACAGUAAUGACUGUGUAAAAGUGGCCGUCAGAGUCCGCCCAUUCAACAAGAGGGAGAGGGAUGCAGGCAGUCGCUGCAUCAUCUCCAUGGUGUCCACCUCCAUCAGCAUCCAGGACCCGCGGGAUUCUCAGAACCAGCGCUCAUUCAGUUUUGAUUAUACCUACUGGUCUCACAGCGGCUUCAUUAGAGAUUACAGCGGCCUGUAUGUUCCUGAGGAGCUGGGGGGGCGAUACGCUGACCAGGACAGGGUGUUUCAGGACUUGGGACAGGGAAUACUGGAAAAUGCACUGCAGGGAUACAACUCCACCUUGUUGGCUUACGGGCAGACCGGCUCUGGAAAGAGUUAUUCGAUGAUGGGGUAUGGGCCCAACAAAGGCCUGGUUCCUAAACUCUGUGAUCGUCUGUUUCAGGCAUUUGGAGAAACCCAAGACAGUAGACAAUGUCAGGUACUAAACACUGUGGUGGAAACAGAAAUCUUAAAGUCCGUGGUUGACUUGCUGUCUCGUGGCUCUAGAACUCCAGGCGGGCUGAGAGUGAGAGAAGAACAGCAGAGAGGUUUCUAUGUGGAAGGGCUUCGUAAAAUUCCCUGUGAGAGUGCAACGCAGGUGGAGCAGUUAAUGGAACAGGGGACCAGGACUAGAACCACGGCAGCCACACAUAUGAAUGCCAACAGCAGUCGCUCUCAUAUGCUCAUUAUUCUCCAGCUAAAACAGAUCUUCUCCAAAGAGAGUAUCACGAAGCAGUCCAAUGUUAACCUGGUGGACUUGGCCGGCAGUGAACGGCAGCGGUCAUCUGGGUCAGAAGCUGACAGGCUCAAAGAGGGCACAGCCAUCAACCUGAGCCUCACCACCCUGGGCAACGUCAUCAGUGCUCUGGCUGACCUGGCGGUGGGAAAGAAGGUUGUCCACAUUCCUUACAGAGACUCAGUCCUUACUAAGCUGUUGCAGUCCGCACUGGGAGGCAACAGUCGGACUGUCAUGAUUGCUACUUUGAGCCCAGCUGAUAUUUGCUAUGAUGAGUCCCUCUCCACCCUGCGCUAUGCAGAGAGAGCAAAGCGUAUCCAGAACCGGGCAGUGGUGAAUGAAAGCCCCACUGAGCGCAUCAUUAAGGAGCUGAAGGCCGAGAACGCCAGACUGCUCCAGCGACUGAGCCGGAUGGACCACGAGGGGCGCCGAGGCAGCGACGAAACCAGUAAGAGGCGAAGUCAGAAGACGGCAGGUGGAGGUGUGGAAGGUCUUCAUGCAUGUUUGUCCUUAGAGGAGCUUCGCCAGCUGCUGACCCACAAUGAGCUUCAGAUCAGAGCCAUUCAGACUCUGUGGGAACAACACCUGCAGGAGGCGCUGAAAGACUGGGAGCAACAAUAUGCUAACAUCACACAGGAAAGGCGGAUGAUGCAGAUGCAUCCUUACAUCCUAAACAUCAAUGAGGAUGCUCAGCUGUCAGGAGUUGUGAAGCUUUUCAUCCAAGAGGGCGAAUGGGAAAUUGGUCUGAGUGACUCCUCUUCAAGAUCCAUCUCCAUCAAGGGCUUGGGGAUCCAAGAUCGCCAUGCCAUAUUCAGAAAUGAGCUGCGCCAUGUAACCUUGACUCCACUGGCAGGGGCAAAGGUUAUCGUCAAUGGGAGUGCCAUCUCACAGACAACUGAGCUGCAGCACCUGGACCGCCUCAUUCUAGGGUCCAACUGUACAUAUUUGUUCAUUGGUUAUCCAUCUGAGAGAGGCGGGGAUGACUGGAGCCGCUACGAUUAUGAAUACUUCCAGUCUGAACUGGCUGCUGCUGAGGGGAUCUGCUUAGGUGAAUCCAGCGUUGGAUCUGCUCAAACUGAUCCCAGCCUCUUGGCUGUCUUCUACGACUACAUCAAACUCAUGCCCAUGGUGGCGGAGGCCAAUCAGAUGAGCAAAGAACUUGGCAAGGGAGUGGAUUUCAAGCUGGAAAUAAAAAAUCUGGCACUGUCAGACCCUAAAGGUCAUGAUUUGCAGAAAGACAUUGUUGUCAAAGUGACAUCUUUGGCAAGCAAACAGGUGUGGAUAUGGUCCAAAACCAAGUUUGUCAACCGAAAAUUCCUGAUGGAGGAUGUCUACCAGCGAUACCAGUCGGAGCAGAGUGAUGGCCGAGGAGCACAGGGUCUGCUAGCUGUUGCAUUACCCAGAGAUAAAGACCCGUUCUGGGAUCCUGUUGAGCCACUUCUCCUGGGCACUGCUCACCUCUGGCUUCAGUCUUUGGCUUUCCGCAUCCCUUUGGAAGAACAGCUAGAGGUGUUGGGGUCAGAGGGCACGGAGGAGGCCAUUCUACAAGCGCAGUUGGUCCCCUGCACCUCCACUGGAAUCCCUCUCGGUGAGGAUGACAUCCUGAUCGACCCGUCUGAAGCACUGGGUCGACGACUAGAUUUCCACCUGGUCUUGGACCAGUGUUGUGGCGUUAGAUGGAUCAGAGAGGUCCACAAUAGAGGGGUUCAGAUCGGUUUCAGGUUGUUUGACUGCAGCCAACCUUUCUACACUCCGACUGUGUGGCACAACGUUAAUCCCCUUUUAGAUCACAGGGUUCACUUUGCCUCUCUCCACACCUCACAACGUCUGCUAGACUACCUCCAGAGCAGUGCUGUGGUGCUCGAACUCUGGGGACUUCAAGAGGGAUGCUCUGAGCUAAGGUGCUCUAUAGAAGCACUGAAGAUGACGGCUGAGGGUAUCACACUUAUUGAUCAAAACAGUCCACCUCAAGCUACACCUGUGGACUCAAUGAGAGCUCUACAGGAGGACUUAGAGGAGCUGAAGAGCAUCAACGCUUCUCUGAAGAAAGAGAAUAACAAUCUACGAGAACAGCUCAACUCAGCUAGGAGCGGUUUGGAGGGUGUUCGCAGUCGAUCGUUGCGCCCCAGUUGUGAUGCAGAGUUUGCACGCGCUCUUAAGGUUUUCUACCACAGUAUGACCUCAGUGAGAGGUCAGCUGCAGCGUCUGCGCAGGCACAGACCCAGUGAGGAGUCCGACCUCUUGGGCCUCAGACUGUUUGUGGACGAACAGAGUCGUCUUCUGAGGGACUUCUCAGAGCAGCUUGAGCUGAUUGUUUUCACCCUCAAACAAGAUGUAGCCGCUAUUGUCCGCCGCAAACGGGAACGCUCUGGGGUCUGGUCAUGACUCCAUGCUUCCUGGUUUUCUAACUUAUCAAGAUCCUUGGAUCUCCUGUUAGAUUUUACUCUGCAGUUUCUGCCUUUUUAUAGUGCUUGAAGCGAAGAGGCCCUAAAAUGACUGCUUUAAAACUUUCACUGAUGCAGCAUGCAGCCCUCUCGGAAUGCCCAUUUCACCAGAAUUAACCCUUUUGUUGAUUCAGCUUUCUUUGGAAUACACCAUUCCAAAAUAAUUGAGUUCCUCCCCAGAGAAACAGAUGCCAUCUGAUAAUCACCUGUCCACAUGGAUUUAAAGUCCCACUCCAGCUGUAUUUUUUGUAAACACGUUCCCGGUGGUCUUUUAAUUAUGAGUAUGCAGUUUUUUAGCCGAAUUCAAAAAGCCUAUUUCUCUGAUAUCCCAUCGCUCCUUUGUUUACACACUCUCCCUUUAGCUUACAGCCCUUCACAAUCCCAACCUAACAUUGGCAGUGCAACAAAAAUGGCAAGCAAUAUCAUAGUUAUCCAGCUGUACAGUUUUGAUCCAGAUGCCAGCUCAGACGAGGAAAACAAAGACGUUCAUGGAUCUAUUUGUCAGAGCAGGAAGACUUUGGCCUGCCGAUUUCAGUUGAUGCAUCACAAACCUGAGCUUUUUCAAACGAAUGAUUUGUAUCUUCUCCUGAUCCAUCACGAUUUGAAUAAAGAAAUAGUCAG